CCACAACUCCCAGCGGGCCCCGCGGCCCCGAGCCCGAGGUCUGCUGCGCACUGCCAGACGCCGCAAUGCUGGUGGCCGCUGCUGCGGAACGGAACAAGGAGCCCAUCCUGCGCGUGCUGAAGCAGUACCUGGACCCGGCCCAGCGCGGCGUCCGCGUGCUCGAAGUGGCCUCGGGAUCUGGCCAGCACGCGGCCCACUUUGCACGGGCCUUUCCCCACGCCGAGUGGCAGCCAUCCGAUGUGGACCAACGCUGCUUGGACAGCAUCUUAGCCACCACGCAGCACCAGGGGCUGUCCAACGUGAAGGCCCCCCUAUAUCUGGACGUGACCUGGGAUUGGGAGCAGUGGGGCGGGAUCCUACCACAGUCACUGGACCUGCUGCUCUGUAUCAACAUGAUGCACAUCAGCCCUCUGAGCUGCACCGAGGGGCUCUUCAAAGCAGCCGGCCACCUGCUGAAGCCCAAGGCAGUGCUCAUCACAUAUGGGCCUUAUGCAGUCAACGGGACCAUCUCUCCCCAGAGCAAUGUGGACUUUGACCUGACCCUCAGAUGCAGGAACUUGGAGUGGGGACUUCGGGACACGGCCCUCCUGGAGAGUCUGGGUCUGGCUGCUGGCCUUCCCCUGGAGAGGAUGGUGGACAUGCCGGCUAACAACAAGUGCCUCAUCUUCCGGAAACAGUGAUCCAUCCCGGAUGAGUGCCCUAGGAGCACAAACCCAGACCACUGGCCUGUCGCCUGUCUUCUUGGGACCCAGGAGCCCACGGGAUCACUGCCUUGAUGGGUCUGGGGGCUCUUGGCUGCUGAGAAGCUGGGAAUAAAGUACUGGCUGCUGUGA